AUGGCUGUACAUGUUCCUGUGAUAUUAGGUGCAAUUAAAGCUGCAAUAGCUAUAAUUGGUGUUGGAAAACUAUCAAUAAUUCCUGUAUUAUUAGCAGCAUUAGCAUAUUUUCAUUAUGAUCAAUUCGAUCCAGAAAAUCGUCCGUAUAGUAUGAAAAAUAUUGAACGGGAAUAUGAUUUUAUUAUUGUGGGUGGUGGAUCAGCUGGUAACGUGCUAGCAAAUCGUUUAACAGAGAAUCCAAAUUGGAAAGUGUUGUUAAUUGAAGCGGGUGGACAUGAGACAGAAAUUUCGGAUGUGCCAUUAUUGUCGUUGUAUUUGCAUAAAAGUAAAUUAGAUUGGAAAUAUCGGACCCAACCACAAGAUUCUGCAUGCCAAGCAAUGGUAGAUAAACGAUGUUGCUGGACUCGAGGCAAAGUAAUUGGAGGCUCCAGUGUCUUAAAUACUAUGUUGUAUAUUCGAGGAAAUAAACGAGAUUAUGACCAAUGGGCUGCUUUGGGUAAUGAAGGCUGGAGUUAUGAAGAAGUUUUACCAUAUUUUAAAAAGAGUGAAGAUCAACGUAAUCCUUACUUGGCAAGAGAUACACGUCAUCAUGGAGUCGGCGGAUAUUUAACGGUUCAAGAUGCUCCAUAUAACACACCAUUAGCACCAGCAUUUUUACAAGCCGGUGAAGAAAUGGGUUACGAUAUUGUGGACGUGAAUGGUGCCCAACAAACUGGUUUUGCUUUCUAUCAAUUUACAAUGCGUCGUGGAGCCCGUUGUAGUACGGCAAAAGCAUUUUUACGACCAGUUCGAUUACGUAGAAACCUACAUCUAUCGCUAUGGACACACGCAACUAAAGUAUUGAUCGAUCCAAAUACAAAGCGAGCUUAUGGUAUCGAAUUUAUUAAAAAUGGAAAAAAGCAAACGGUCCUCGCAAGACGUGAAGUUAUUUUAUCAGCUGGAGCAAUUAAUUCACCACAAUUACUGAUGUUAUCGGGAGUAGGACCUGCGGAUCAUUUACGAGAGAAGGAUAUUGAAGUGAUCCAAGAUUUACCAGGUGUGGGACAAAACAUUCAAGAUCAUAUUGCCGUUGGAGGUCUGGCUUUUUUGAUUGAUCAACAGAUUAGUAUUGUUCAAAAUCGAUUAGUUAACAUUCCAUCAGCGCUUCGAUAUGCAAUUUUAGAAAGUGGACCAUUAACCUCUAGUAUUGGCUUGGAAGUUGUAGCAUUUCUCACUACAAAAUAUGGAAAUAAGAGUGAUGAUUGGCCGGAUAUGGAAUUCAUGUUAACAAGUGCCUCGACUAAUUCCGAUGGGGGGAAUCAAGUUAAACGUGCACAUGGUUUAACAGAUGAAUUUUACAACGAAGUAUUUUCCUCGAUUAAUAAUCGAGAUGUUUUUGGAGUAUUUCCAAUGAUGUUACGUCCAAAAAGUCGUGGUUAUUUGAAAUUAGCAUCGAAAAAUCCAUUACGUUAUCCGUUAAUCUAUCAUAAUUAUUUAACACAUCCGGACGAUGUUGGUGUAUUACGUGAAGGUGUAAAAGCUGCUUUAGCCGUUGCCGAAACUCAAGCAAUGAAACGUUUUGGAGCCCGAUAUCAUGCAACUCCUAUUCCAAACUGUAAACACUUGCCUCUUUACACGGAUGAGUAUUGGGAUUGCGUGAUUCGACAAUAUACAAUGACAAUUUAUCACAUGUCCUGUUCAUGCUCAAUGGGAGUACGUUCUGAUCCAAUGUCUGUUUUGGAUAAUCGAUUACGAGUUUACGGUAUCGAAGGUUUACGUGUUAUUGAUGCAAGUAUAAUGCCGCGUAUUACAAGUGGGAACAUCAAUGCACCAGUGAUUAUGAUUGCGGAAAAAGGUGCGGAUAUGAUUAAAGAAGAUUGGGGUAUGUUUUCACAGACAAAGCGUAGAAAGCGACAAUGUGCGUCCAUGGUAAAUAGUACUUUAACGCUUGAAAAUUGUUGA